UGCUGGCCAGCAGAAGGGAGGGAGAGAAACACUCCUGACCCACAACUAGAAUGAUGGUGUUUGGUCUCUUGUUGUUUUCUAUCAUGGGACUGAGGCUGUGCAGUUGAGUGAACUGGCACCUAGUAACCUGUACGUGCCUAAUUUCUAGUUUUUCUACAUCAUAUUACCUGUUUGACCUCCAGUGGGGCUGCCCUGCGAAGUUGUGGUCACUAGAGGUCAAGCAUGAGGAAGGGCAGACCAUGUCCCUCAAGGCUGCUUCUGAGACUCCCAAGAAGGAAGAAGAUUCCAAGAAAAUGGCAGUUUUGAACUGGAAGCCAUUUGUAUAUGGAGGCUUAGCUUCAAUCACUGCAGAAUGUGGUACUUUUCCAAUUGAUCUUACAAAAACGCGUCUCCAGGUACAAGGUCAAAAAAAUGAUGUAAAGCAUAAAGAAAUUCGUUACCGUGGAAUGAUUCAUGCGCUAGUGAAGAUAUUCAGGGAAGAGGGACCAAAAGCAUUGUACUUUGGAAUUGCACCUGCUUUGCUUCGGCAGGCUUCGUAUGGAACUAUAAAAAUUGGUACUUACCAAAGCUUAAAAAGAAUAUUUAUUGAGCAGCCAGAAGAUGAAACACUAGCUGUAAAUGUGUUAUGUGGAGUUUUGUCAGGUGUGAUUUCAUCAUCUAUUGCUAACCCUACAGAUGUCCUGAAGAUCAGAAUGCAGGCCCAAGGCAGUGUGAUACAAGGGGGAAUGAUUGGCAACUUCAUGACCAUCUAUCAAACUGAAGGUACCAAAGGAUUAUGGAAGGGAGUAUCUCUUACUGCACAAAGGGCUGCUAUUGUUGUUGGAGUGGAACUACCAGUAUAUGAUCUUGCUAAGAAGCAGAUAAUUAUGUCUGGAUUAAUGGGAGAUACAAUCCAUACUCACUUUAUAGCAAGUUUUACCUGUGGUUUAGUUGGAGCUUUAGCAUCCAAUCCCAUUGAUGUUCUGAGAACAAGGAUGAUGAAUCAGAGCGCCUUGCGAAAUGGAACCCAGCGUGGUUACAAGAGUACUUUAGAUUGCUUGUUUCAAACAUGGAAAAAUGAAGGCUUUUUUGCACUGUAUAAAGGAUUUUGGCCAAACUGGUUGAGGCUUGGCCCUUGGAAUAUUAUUUUCUUUGUGACAUAUGAACAGCUGAAGAAACUGGAACUCUGACAUGCUGAAUAUUGAAAAAAUUCAGUCCUUGUGUCAAUGAAAUCAUUCUUCAAACUCUUUAGUUUUUUAUUCCAUUGUAGACUACAGUAUUGACAAAAAGCAAGUAGUAGUGCAAGAUUGUAAUUAGUGGACAUCAGAAUAAUAAUUUCAAGGGCUCUUAAGGGUUACCAUAACAACCUGAAGUGCUGUUAUAGAUAACAUGCCUCUUUGCCCCUUGAAAAGUUGACUUAUUACUGUAGAAAACAGUAGUUAAUGUAGCUCUGAGAACUUUUAUAUUAACACCAAAGAAUAUACGGUGGUCUAAAACACACUUCACAAAGCAUCUUGUAGCACAUGUUAUACUCAAAACUUCUGCAGUUGUCUGAGGUUGAAUGUCAAACAUCCUUCCGUAGUUUUCUCUUGGAAGAAUGGCCUUUGUUCGAAGUGUAUGGAUCGUACUUUAAAAAAAGCUACACAUGAAGCAGUAUGAACAUUCUGUCAGUGACUUCUGAGUUAAGUUACAUUUAUAGCUGCAGGUCAUCAUAAUAUGUUACAUUCAAGGAGUGUGCAUGAACAAUUUCAAGUUAGCUUCGGUUUCUCUGGAGGCACCAGGAAGGGUGGAAAGUACAGAAGAGUUUUGAGAAGCGCUGACUGCUUGUCCUGUGGAAAAGUUCCUAUCCUUGAGGUAUUUAGAUGCAAGAAGUGACUAGUCAUAUGCAUAACUAAACACCUGUUUGUUUUAGGUCUUGAGGAAGUUACAUACAUUUCCAGCAUGUGUUAAUGUAGUCCUUGCAUUUAAAUAGGAUUUGUAUACACUAAUUCCUAUAUAAAAUGCUUUCUGUAUAGUAUUUUAAUCAUUUGUGAGGUUUCAAAUACGUUACAUGGUUUUGAGAGUUGGACUGUGGUUCUGGAGGACCAGGGUUUGAAUCCCUGCGCAGCAGUGGAUAUCCACUGGGUUUAUCUGGGGAAGCCACACUCUCAGGCCCAGAGGAAGGCAAAGGCAAUGCUCUCUGAUGAAAUCUUAGCACGAAAACCCUGUGAUAGGUUCACCUUAAGGUUGCCGUAAAUCAGAAAUAACCCAUAAUGAGAUCUCUAGGAAGGAGGGGGGAUACUACCACAAAAAUUGAGUUUUAUUGUAGGUGAAUCUUUUGACACUUCAACAUCAGAAGUUGCCUGAGUAUCUCAGGAAAGAAGUGUCCUUAGGAGGUUCUUUGAUAAAAUGGUAAUAAAAAUAGGAUUUGCAUUCUAAGGGUAUAAGAAAGGCAGCAGUAAAAAUGUACAUGCUAUCAUAUUUGAAAUAAUCAUGAAGUUAUUCCUCCUUGAAAUAGUAAAUUUACCUGUCAACUCAGUACACCAGGUCAACUAUAUUUAAACAGUAGCUCAUAUUGUUUGUUACACUGCCAUUUCAGAGUGAGGAUGAAUGUAAGAGUGUCAAGACUUUUCUUGACAUUGUAUAGAUAAUAUUUUUGUAUAGAAUUUGGAAGUAUGUUUAUCUAUGUGGAAAUGACUUAUUGAAGUAAUAGUCUGUAUUAUACAUUCCACUUAAAACAGCAAAUUUAUUUUGAAGUUAAAUUCUACGUCCAGUGUUUUUAAAGUUGCACAAGCCACUUUUUUGCAUUGAUGUUAGUAAGAUUUUGACUCCUUAUCUUUUCUAAAAAUAGAAGUGAUGAGUCAUAGGAUACUUUAUUACACACACACACACACAAAUAUAUGAAUCUCAUUUGUAAAAUAUUUUAUACCAAACACGAAAAGUACUACAGCUCAGGAGUUUCAUUUGAGAGGCAGCCCUCCAAGAAGGAUUGGUGAAGUGUGAUCUUCAAAUCAGUUACAUGUGUUUGAACAAUGAUUCAGUAGAAUUUGUUGAACAACAUUAAACAUUUUAAAAAAUUAAUUAAACUUACUAAGGGCUAGUUUUAAUGUCAGCCAUCUCCAGAAGUCAUUGUAGGAAGUUUGUCUUGUGGUAAUUCAUUCUCAGCUUUCAGGGGCAAAAAUAGCAUCAAAGGUGUUCAUUUUCCCCUUGAAGUGAAACAGGUUUAUAACUACUUUUGUAUUUUGAUGUAGCAUUAUAAUACAGAAAGGCUUGAUACAGAUACUGUACUUCUUGAAAGCUAAAGCCUCUUUCUAGGAUGCAGAUGUGCAGUGAUUCUGUCUCUGCACUUCUAUUUUUCAAAGUUAAUAUCCAGCAUCUUGGGAAAAAAACCUCCUUCGGGCAUUAAGAAUAACUGUGGGAAGGGUUGUGCAGUGUUACAUGUUAGUCCUACCCGAUAUCCCAAUGGAAGCAGCUUCAUAGUCUUGUGCCUUUAUUUUUUUUAUUACUGUACAUGUUUAUUGCUUAUUUAUGGCUGUUUAUUACCGCACUCUUUGUAAGAGCUCUUCAAAAGUGGAAUAAGCUGCCUUAGUAAAUGGAUAACUUUCCUUCUUAGGAGAUGCUUAAACAGAAGUUGGAUGACUGUCUCUCAAAAGUGUUUUACCCGUGUGUGUUUGAAUGGCAGGGGAUUGAUUAAAUACUUUUGCAAUACCUUUCAAA